UCCUAUGUCAAGCAGCCGGAUUUUAAGGAUCGUUUAUAGCAAUAGGAUCUAUUUUCUUACUCAUAUUCUUUGAAAGGCUAUUUGUAGCUUCGAUUCUAAGAAAGAUAUAACAAAUUGACACAUGACAGGAAAGAGAAAGACUUGAUCCCAUGUGAGGAAUAACCACAAGGAUCACCAGAAUAAUCGGAGUUCAAUCUUUCGAGCAGAUGGGAGAAGGGUUAAAGAGUAGUAUACCGAAAGAAAGAGAUUCUAUGAAGAGAGUCUGCAUGAUAUUAAAAAUUUAAUGAGAUGAAGGCAGAGAAUAGGUCAAAAUGUGCACAGUCGGAUAUCUUAAAUAAGUGUGAGAGUACCAUGAGGGAUAAGAAGGUUCUUCGAUGUAGGUACUUCGACAUUUUCAACUUCAUCUUUUGUUAAGUUAUAUACAGUCGAAAGAAAUCGAUGAGGUUAAGCCUGAAUUUGGAGGUUAUCUAUAUUUGAGAUAAGACAAGAUAAAUUUUUGGAUGAGCUACCCUUUUUAGUGUAGAUUAUGAAACUAUCUUAAAAUCUGUGAGGCAGCUGAAGCUGCUGACUCUUGUCCUCUUUAACCGCAACAAAAAAUUUAUGAUGAAGUUUGCAGAGGAAUAAUAUGAUUGACUCAUCCUCUUCUGAAGCUUCUGAUGAAGGACAGAUGAAGGUUGUCAGUCUGAUAUAAAACAAUAAAACCGUUCUAUUUUCAAAAUUAGUAGAUAAGGAAAUCAAUAGAGCAAUCGUCAGCUAUAAAGGUAAAAAGCUUUUGGGAGAACCAAAGAGAGGUUUUCGGAUUCAGAUAUUAAUGAAGAAUCUGAUGCUUUCUGUAACAUUGGAUCAGAGAUGCUGAAUCAAGACUCUAAGGUGCAAGAAUCUGCCAAAAAGAGGUAAUAUACUCGAUCCUCUUUGAUAGUAAAGAAUGAUUCAUCAAGAAAAAUUCUGUACAUAUGCCCAGUUCUUUGACAAAGAAGAUGAUGCUAAGAGCUUCCAAAAUUCCAAUUCAGUUGAUAACAAGCUGUCCACUUCGCUUAACUUUAUCCACUCUAUAAUUGAAGAACUGCUAAGAAAAUGAAAAGAGCAAGAAUCUAUCACCAAAUUCUUAACCCUA